AUGGCAUACAGCGAGCCUCUUGUUGAAACUUGGGCUCUGUACGGCGUCUCGUCGGCCCUAAUCUUCCUGCGGAGUCUUUGCCGAUGGAGAAUGGUAGGCUUCCGUGGUUUCGAACCGGACGAUUAUUUGGUCUGCUUCUCGUGGGUCGUCUAUACUAUUAUGACUUACGCAGCCGACGUAUGUGAUCGUCAUGCCGACCUACACACUCUCACGCUUGCUCAAAGGCAGGAGAUGUCAGCCGAGGAGGCUGAGCCCUAUAUCAAGGUGACCAAAUGGUUUUGCGCUGGUGUAGCGACAUAUGUCGUCUUUGUCUGGUCACUCAAGAUCAACAUGCUGUUCUUCUUCCGGCGGGUUGUAAAGGGUCUUUGGGUUGAAAAGUUCAUUUUUCCAGUGAUGUGUCUGGUAGGAGUUACCUUCAUCAUCACCAUUGGCAUAUUGUUUGGAAACUGCCGUCCAUAUAGUCGGAUGUGGGUUUUUUACGAGGAUGAGGGAGCACUAUGCGAGCCCCAAGCGACGCUGUACAUGCUACCGACUCUUAUCAUGAACGUUGUAUCGGAUCUAUGUAUAAUGGCAAUACCCGCUCCGGUUGUCCUACCGGCGAAGACAACGCUCCCGCGCAAAAUAAUGCUAGUUCUACUAUUUUCUAGCGGCAUUUUCGUCAUGGUCGCGGCUAUUUUGAGAGUCACAGAAGUGUUGGAAAAGAACGGCGCUACGGCAGCGAUCUGGUCUUGCAGGGAAGACUUCAUCGCCGUGUUCGUUGGACAAGCUCCUAUAUGUAUGUACCAUGGAAAGUUUUUCGCUGUGUCUGAAUGCGGUCUCGGUACCGCUUCAUGCUAA